AAGAGACAUGCAAAUUCGAAAAUACAGGGAAAGAGAGAGAAAAGAGAUUAGUCCACCUGGAGGCAGUGUUUGGCUUUCAUCCUUUUCUCCUCAUUUUCUUCUUCUCGACCCCCUGAAACUUUACAAAACACCCUCACAAAGUAUAAAACAAUUCUAAAAUACACACACAUAUACAUACAAACACACAGACAUAGAUUCUCCCUAAUUAAUCUUCAUUUCAGCUCAAAUUCUCCCCAAUUUCACUGCAAUUAACCAAUCGAUUUGACCCUAGGGUUCCUAAUUUAUCGAAUUUUCAUUUCAAUUUCAUGCGAUUUGUGUAAAUUCAUCUCUCCGAUCUCGAUAAUUUAGGGUUUCACGUUAUGGAUGUUGACACCGAUCAGGACACGGCGAUCCCAAACAAAACUAGUCCCGAACAAUCUCAGCCGCACGAUGAAGAUGACAAAACCUCAUUGGGAUCUGUGUCGCCAGCUCAGCCUCAAUCACCGAAUUCGUUACAAUCUCAACAACCUGGUGCUCCGGGGCCCAGACACGCGCCUACGUAUUCGGUUGUCAAUGCGAUUUUGGAGAAGAAAGAGGAUGGACCGGGGCCGCGGUGUGGACACACGUUGACAGCUGUCGCGGCGGUUGGGGAGGAAGGGAGUCCCGGCUAUAUUGGACCUAGGUUGAUUUUGUUCGGGGGUGCUACUGCUCUUGAAGGGAAUGCUGGUGGUGGUUCUGGCACUCCUACGUCUGCGGGAAGUGCUGGGAUAAGAUUAGCUGGUGCAACAUCUGACGUUCACUGUUAUGAUGUUCUCACUAACAAAUGGUCUAGGAUCACUCCAUUCGGAGAACCACCCACGCCAAGGGCUGCUCAUGUGGCAACUGCUGUGGGUACUAUGGUAGUGAUUCAGGGUGGAAUUGGUCCAGCUGGGUUGUCUGCGGAGGAUCUCCAUGUUCUUGACCUGACUCAGCCAAGGCCACGAUGGCAUAGAGUGGUGGUUCAAGGCCCAGGUCCUGGGCCUCGUUAUGGGCAUGUCAUGGCUCUGGUUGGGCAACGAUAUCUGAUGGCAAUUGGCGGGAAUGAUGCAAAGCGACCUCUUGCUGACGUAUGGGCCCUGGAUACAGCUGCCAAGCCAUAUGAAUGGCGGAAAUUGGAACCUGAAGGGGAAGGUCCACCUCCAUGCAUGUAUGCUACUGCAAGUGCACGCUCUGAUGGACUUUUGCUGCUUUGUGGAGGGAGGGAUGCUAACAGUGUGCCACUGGCCAGCGCUUAUGGCCUUGCAAAACAUAGAGAUGGUCGCUGGGAAUGGGCAAUUGCUCCUGGUGUUUCACCAUCUCCUAGAUAUCAACAUGCAGCUGUUUUUGUUAAUGCCCGUCUUCAUGUUUCUGGAGGGGCGCUUGGUGGUGGGCGCAUGGUAGAGGACUCUUCUAGUGUUGCAGUUCUGGAUACUGCAGCAGGAGUAUGGUGUGACUCUAAGUCUGUUGUUACAAGUCCUAGGACAGGGAGAUACAGUGCGGAUGCUGCUGGUGGAGAUGCUGCAGUUGAAUUGACAAGGCGCUGUAGGCACGCAGCUGCAGCUGUGGGUGACUUGAUUUAUAUCUAUGGUGGACUGCGUGGAGGUGUGUUGCUAGACGACCUAUUAGUCGCUGAAGAUCUGGCUGCAGCUGAAACGACAAGUGCAGCCUCACAUGCUGCAGCAGCAGCUGCAUCAAAUGUGCAGUCUGGGAGAUAUGGGUUUAUUGAAGAAAGAACGGCACAACCAAAUUCUGAUUCACCUUCUGAUGGUGCCGUGGUGCUUGGAAAUCCUGUUGCACCCCCUGUAAACGGGGAUAUGUAUACAGAUAUAAGCACUGAAAACGCCAUGCACCCAGGCACAAGGAGACUGAGCAAAGGAGUGGAGUACUUGGUUGAGGCAUCGGCAGCAGAAGCCGAAGCUAUUACUGCAACAUUAGCUGCUGCUAAAGCACGACAGGUUAAUGGAGAAGUUGAACUGCCUGACAGGGAUCGAGGGGCUGAAGCUACUCCUAGUGGGAAACAGAUAUCUACGCUUAUUAAGCCUGAGUCGGCUGUAAACAAUUCCAUUCCAGCCGGUGUUAGGCUGCAUCACAGAGCUGUAGUUAUAGCUGCAGAGACUGGUGGAGCUUUAGGUGGUAUGGUAAGGCAGCUUUCAAUUGAUCAGUUUGAGAAUGAAGGCAGACGAGUAAGCUAUGGUACACCAGAAAAUGCAACAGCAGCGAGGAAACUUUUAGAUCGUCAGAUGUCUAUAAACAGUGUUCCCAAAAAGGUAAUUGCGCAUCUACUGAAACCACGUGGUUGGAAACCUCCUGUACGGCGGCAAUUUUUCCUGGACUGCAACGAAAUAGCUGAUCUGUGUGAUAGUGCUGAAAGAAUAUUUACGAGUGAGCCAAGUGUACUAAAGCUUAGGGCUCCAAUCAAGAUAUUUGGCGAUUUGCAUGGGCAGUUUGGGGACCUUAUGCGGCUAUUCGAUGAAUAUGGCUCACCAUCUACUGCUGGAGAUAUAGCAUAUAUCGAUUAUCUCUUCUUAGGAGAUUAUGUUGAUCGAGGCCAGCACAGCUUGGAAACUAUUGCUCUCUUGCUUGCUUUGAAGGUUGAGUAUCCUCUCAAUGUACAUUUAAUUCGUGGAAAUCAUGAAGCUGCAGAUAUUAACGCCCUUUUCGGCUUUCGAAUAGAAUGUAUUGAGCGCAUGGGCGAGAGAGAUGGGAUUUGGGCAUGGCAUCGAAUAAACCGAUUGUUCAACUGGCUUCCCUUGGCAGCUCUAAUUGAGAAAAAGAUAAUUUGUAUGCAUGGGGGUAUCGGAAGGUCAAUAAAUCACAUCGAACAGAUUGAAAAUCUUCAGCGUCCAAUCACAAUGGAAGCAGGUUCUAUAGUUCUCAUGGAUCUUUUAUGGUCUGAUCCUACUGAAAAUGAUAGCGUUGAAGGCUUAAGACCAAAUGCAAGAGGUCCUGGUUUGGUUACCUUUGGGCCUGACCGCGUGAAGGAAUUCUGCAGCAACAAUGAUCUUCAAUUGAUUGUGCGAGCACAUGAAUGUGUUAUGGAUGGGUUUGAGCGUUUUGCACAGGGACAUUUAAUCACACUUUUCUCCGCCACCAAUUACUGUGGUACUGCAAAUAAUGCCGGCGCAAUAUUGGUCUUGGGUAGAGAUCUGGUAGUUGUUCCAAAACUCAUUCAUCCAUUGCCACCAGCACUUUUAUCACCUGAAGAAUCACCUGAACGCCACAUAGAAGAUACAUGGAUGCAGGAACUUAAUGCUAACAGACCGCCAACACCCACAAGGGGCCGUCCACAAGUUGCCAAUGAUAGAGGUUCACUUGCUUGGAUUUAGAGGAUUUACUUCCUGUUGUUCCCUUGCACCAUCAUGGAUAAUGUUGCCAUUUUGGAAUAUAUGGUUUUCUGUUUAUAGCAUGAAGCCAUAUGGAGGGGUUUUCGAGAGUUUUCCCAUGCUUGUGAAAUCUUUUCCUGCUAGAGGUGCAAAGGUUUUCAGCAGAUGGAUCUGUCCGAGCUCACAUAUAGAACAGGCCUAUAAAAGAUUAAAGACAUGAGUUCAGAACUCGUGCCGGGUCAGAAAGGUUACAGAGCGUCUUAUGUGCUGAAAUGCUGCGGGUUUCUCCGAGGUGGCCUUUGUGCAUUUGAGAUCGAGUCAGGUAGAAGUUAGUCUUUUUGCUUGUCACUGUUUUUGGGGGUUGAGUAGUGGAUUUUUGUUCUUGAUGGUCCCAUAUAAUGUGGUUUUCCCUGUUUUAGAUAGUUCCCUUGUGAAUUUUUUUUUAAAAAAUUCCUAAAAGCAUUAGGGCCUCCAUAUAACUGGUGAGAAUGUGAGAUAUAAUAUUGAAAUCAGUCAUCUUGGGAAUGAAUAUUCAGCUGUCAGUUUCGUAGAGGCAUCUGUUCAUAUAAUUUGUAUAUUAUUUUGUAAAAUUUUGUGUGAAGAUAAGCAUCUUACAUGUAUGAGCCGUAUGAUAAGCAUGGCCUUGUUAUCUUAUUUAUCCUGUAAAUUUUUGUGCAAUCAAUAUUACUGUAGUUGACAGUA